AUGUUCUCAGGUUCAGGAGUGGCAAAUAAUGUGAGCCUGGAGGAACCAAAGAAGAUGACAAGGGAAGACUGGAGGAAAAAGAAAGAAUUAGAAGAGCAGAGAAAACUUGGAAAUGCACCUGCUGAAGUGGAUGAAGAAGGAAAAGAUAUCAACCCUCACAUUCCUCAGUACAUCUCCUCAGUACCAUGGUACAUAGAUCCUUCUAAGAGACCCACACUGCAGCAUCAGAGACCUCAGCCAGAGAAGCAGAAGCAGUACAGCUCCUCUGGGGAUUGGUACAAACGAGGAGUUCAGGAGCACCCUGUGGCCACGAGGUACCGCAAAGGAGCCUGUGAGAACUGCGGGGCACUGACACACGGAAAGAGAGACUGCAUGGAGAGACCCAGGAAAGCUGGAGCCAAACACACAGGCAUGAAUAUUGCUCCAGAUGAACACGUGCAGCCUCAGCUGAUGUUUGGUUAUGAUGGGAAGCGAGACCGGUGGAAUGGUUAUGACCCAGAGGAGCACAUGAAAAUUGUUGAGGAAUAUUCCAAGGCUGAUUUGGCCAAAUGUGCACUGAAAGCACAGAAGCUUCAGGAGGAGUUGGCAUCAGGGAAGCUGGAGCAAGUGAACUCCCCAAGACACCAGAGGGGAGAAGAGGAAUCAAAUUCACAGACAGAAAGAGAUUAUAGCAGUGAAGAUGAAGACAAAUACGCAGAAGACAUUGAUAUGCCUGGGCAGAACUUUGACUCCAAAAGACGCAUCACAGCCCGAAAUUUACGUAUUCGGGAAGAUAUUGCUAAAUACUUGAGGAACCUAGAUCCAAACUCUGCUUAUUAUGAUCCCAAAACAAGAGCAAUGAGGGAGAACCCUUAUGCCAACACAGGCAAGAAUCCAGAUGAAGUUGGUUAUGCAGGUGACAACUUUGCUCGCUACACAGGCGAUGCCAUUUCAAUGGCACAGACUCAGCUCUUUGCCUGGGAGGCUUAUGACAAAGGCUCUGAAGUUCAUCUUCAAGCAGAGCCUACAAAAUUAGAGCUCCUUUAUAAAUCUUUCAAGGAGAAAAAAGAAGAUUUCAAGGCCCAGCAGAAAGAAAGCAUCCUAGAGAAGUAUGGAGGACAGGAACAUUUAGAUGCCCCCCCAGCUGAACUGCUGUUAGCUCAAACAGAAGAUUAUGUGGAGUAUUCUAGGUGUGGAACAGUCAUCAAAGGACAGGAGAAAGGUAUUGCUUGUUCUAAGUAUGAAGAGGAUGUGAAGAUCAACAACCAUACAUGCACUUGGGGUUCCUACUGGAAAGGUAAGUGGGGUUACAAGUGCUGUCACUCCUUUGUCAAGUACUCCUACUGUACAGGGGAAACUGGGAAAGAAAUUGCUGAUACAGAGGCAAUUAUGGAAGAGCAGCCUGAGGAGGAAGAACACACGACAAAACCCAAAACACUGAUGGAGAUCCACCAAGAGAAACAGAAAGGGAAGAAAAAGAAGAAGCACAAGAAGAGCUCGAAUUCUGACAGUGAGGGUGAAGAGAAAAAGAAGCAAGAAAAACUAAAAAAGGCUCUGAACGCUGAAGAGGCUCGACUUCUCCACAUCAAAAAAAUCAUGCAGUUAGAUGAGAGGAAGAGACCAUACAACAGCCAGUAUGAAACCAGGGAGCCAACAGAAGAGGAGAUGGAGGCCUACAGAAUGAAGAGACAGAGACCUGAUGACCCCAUGGCCUCUUUCCUUGGGCAGUAA